AUGGCUGACGACGAGGAGCGCAUCAAAGCCGAGAAACUGGCCGCAGCCAAGAAAAGGGUGGCUCAGCUCCAGAAGAAAAAGAAGGCCAAGAAGACUCCCGCCACUGAAGCGGACACACCCAAAGAGGCAGAGACUCCGAAAGAGGCAGAACCUGCUGAAGAUGCCCCGAGCCCAGAAACACUGCAGGCAGACGCCCCCGCGGAGGAGAAGCCAGACAUGCAACAUCAGCCUGUCGCGCAAUCAGAGGUCACAGCCCCCGAACAACCAGAGAAAUUAGAAGAAUCAAAUUUGCAAGCUACCAAUAUGGAGUCUCCUACCGAACCGAUGCCUCCUGCGCCCACAUCUCCCGACCCAGAGGCCGAGCCGUUGCCAGUCCGACUCGAUACACCCCGCGCCAGUCACGGCCGACAACCCUCGCUGUCAAUCCAGUCAAAGAUGCGCUCAUCUUCAUUCCGCAAGACAUCUGUCUCACAGGGCAGCGUCUCCCCCUCUCCGUCUGCUGCGACCAAAUCCCCCGCACAAUCAUUACCGCCCCUAACCGGUGACGGGGAGUCGGUCCAUGAGGUGUUCCGGAAACAGUCUACUAAGAUCGAAGAGCUUGAGAAAGAUAAUAAACGAUUAGAGAAGGAUCUCGCAGAUGCAACUUUGCGCUGGCGCAAGACUGAGGAACAAGUGGAGGAUCUGCGGGAAGCGAGUGUUGAUGGCGCAGAGCUGAAGGAGCAAUUGAAGAAAGCAGAGGAGAAGGCUGCAAGCAUUGAGUCACUGAAAGAGGAAAUUGCUUCCCUCCAGCGACAGAACUCACAGCUUCAGACCCGAUCACAUCGAAACACUAGUACAACAGAGUCACCACCAGCUGACCUUGUUCGUCAGCUUGAGUCCAAGUCAGCCACUAUUGAGUCCAUGGAGUUAGAGAUCUCAAAUCUCCGCGCCCAGGUUACCUCCCAGACGUCUUCUAACGAUGCACACGAGUCUCAGGUCGCAGCGCUAGAGGAGAAGGUUUCAAAGAGCCAAUCAGCACUAGAACAAUCCCAGCGUGAGCUGGCAGACACGAAGCAGGCAUUGACGCGGGCCUCCGAGAAAGCAGUCAAGGAAGGCGUUGAUAAGACAUCUACCGAGACGCUAAUCCAUAACCUCCAGCGUGAGAUCGAAGAACACAAAGGCGAAAAAAGUGAACUGGAAAAAAAGAUCGAGACCCUAGACAAGAAACUCCAGGCAAUCGGCAAUCUUCACAAAGAAACCGAAGCCCGGCACCAAACACGGUUACGCGAGAGCGAGAAAUCCGAGAAAGAGAUUGCUGUCAUGCGGAAAAAGAUCGCCAGCAUCGAAAACGAGAAUCUCCGCCUACGCGAAGAGAGUGAUCGGAUCCGGACUCGCCAGGUCGGUGGUGGUGUCGACGAUGACGCCCUGGAUGAGCUCGAGGAUGAAGAACGCCAGCGCCUUGAGCGUCGAAUCCGCGAGCUGGAAGGCGAGGUCUUCGAUCUGCGCCGCGGCGUCUGGCAAGAGAAGCGCCAGGAGAUGGAGCACUACCCAGAUGACGGACCCAGCCCUGCCUCCGGUGACACAGCCAACGCAUUCGACGACGUCGAUCUCAUCGGUGGAAGACCCGACCAUGCCCGUCGCCGCAGCAUGGCCCGGAAUCAGCACUCGUCUUUCUCCACGGUGCUGUCUAGCGGCUUUGCUGCCUUCACAGGUGCUGGCAACCGCGCCCACGCUUCAUCGUCCAAUCCGCCCCACCCCCCUGCUACCCGUGGUAGCCUCGAGCUUGUAUCCGAAGAAAACUUUGAUGACGAGUUCGACGAAGAUGCAUUCGCGCGUGCGCAGGCUGAAGAGGAAGGCCGCAAACGUGUCGAGUGGAUGCGCGAUAUCAAGAGCAAACUGCGUGACUGGAACGGUUGGCGUCUGGAUCUGGUCGACAGCCGUGCCGGUGCAGAAGGUGCUGGCGUAGGAAUGGGCGAGAUAUUUGAGGUUUAG